CGGGGGACACAACAAGCAUUAUCUGGCAACUGCCCCUUCUCAAAAGUGCUUUUAUCAAACUUUAAGCUUAUAUCCUCUGUUUUCAUCUUCAGCUCCAGCUUCUACUUUCGUUCUUGUUUUUGUUUUUUCGGUGGCAACCCAUUUCCAAUGCCAGUCUGUAAACACAAAUCUCACCUGUCUUAUCGUCGUAAUCAGUCUCUAUUUGUUUAGCUGGAGAAGACACAAAGAGAUAAACAGAGAAAAAAGCCGAUAAACAAGACUCCGUUUGGCCAUGUUUCUUAUUUCUUUUCCAAAAAAACCUUUGUUUUUACCCUGUUUUUAAAUCUUCCAUGAUUGAGCAGUGUACCAAGAACAAACAGCAACUUUCAUGGGAGCUCGAGCCGAAGCCAUGUGAAGAUCUGGUCUGCAGGCAUGGGAAGCCGCUAAACCCCUCAAUGCUCUGUUUCUUCACCAAUGAUUUUCCGUCUUACUCUCUCUCUAUCUUUUGGCUUUUAAAAAGGUUACUCUGUUUCAUUUUCUUCUCGGCCUCUUCUUGUUGAAAUCUAUUGCACCUACGAGUUUUCUUUUCUUUUUUUUUAAAAAAAUUUGAGCUAGUAAGCUUUUCUUCUCGUGGAGAAUAAUUACCCACCAAAGCUUUCUUUUUUCUUUUUGUUUCCCUAAAAAACUUCAGUUUACUUUUCUGAACCACAUACAUACAGCGGGAGUUGAGUUAGUUAAUUCUCUGUUCACGACAGGGAACGACCCAGAUCAGAUUUUUCAAAGCGCCCGUCUUGCUUCGGUUCAUUGAGGAAUGGAGCAAUCAGAUAAGUCACCAAAGUCCCCGAAGUCAUCAGCUCUUAUGCCACCAUUGCCGAGAGAUUCUCGCGGGUCGCUAGAAGUAUUCAAUCCCUCCACACACUCGACCCGAUCCACUAACCCGGUGUUUCGCUCGCCGUCCACAUGGCAAAACUGGGUGGACUCGCGCGGCAGUCCGGAACCCGAGCCACCCAAGCUGUCCUCGAGCUCGGGUCGGGUUCAAGAAGUCACAACGUCAUGGAUGGCGCUCAAAGAUCCAACCCCGUCAUUAUUGUCCCCGGUGCCAUCUUCCCCGGCGAAUAAAAAACCCACUAACGACACUCACGAUCCGACCCGAGGAAAACCGACACCCACCACCCAACUGUCCGGAGAAGUAGGGGCGGCUGCGCAGAGAGCUGCAGAGUGGGGACUUGUGCUGAAGACCGACAACGAAACUGGGAAACCGCAAGGUGUCCAGGUUAGAAAUUCGGGCGGGGACGAACCGAAUAUUAACAAACCGGGUACUUCUCAAAGGAACUCUAGCACUUCCGUCCGGAGCUCCAGCGAAGUAUCCGACGACGGGAUCGGCAAAAUCGACAGAGGAUUCCCAAGAGUAUCAGAAGACUUACGCGAUGCAUUAUCAACUUUUCAACAGACGUUCGUGGUAUCGGAUGCCACCAAACCCGACUAUCCGAUUCUGUAUGCCAGUGCCGGUUUCUUUAAGAUGACGGGGUAUACUUCUAAAGAAGUCAUCGGCAGGAACUGUCGGUUUUUGCAGGGCGCGGGUACCGACCCGGAGGAUGCAGCAAAAAUAAGGGAAGCAUUACAGGCCGGGACGAAUUACUGUGGGAGAUUACUUAAUUACAAGAAAGAUGGGACCCCUUUUUGGAACCUUCUUACAAUUUCACCAAUCAAAGAUGAGAGUGGAAAAGUCCUCAAAUUUAUUGGGAUGCAAGUGGAGGUGAGUAAGCACACGGAGGGGGCCAAGGAAAAAAUGACACGACCUAAUGGAUUGCCAGAAUCCUUGAUCCGAUAUGAUGCCCGACAAAAGGACAUGGCUGCAAAUUCAGUGACUGAACUAGUGGAAGCAGUGAAGCAACCUCGUCCUCGAUCAUUAAGUGAAUCAACGAACCGGCCCUUGUUGAGAAAGUCAGAAUCCAGCGGAGACGAACAAACAUCAGGAGCUCCUGGAAGACGAAAGUCCGAAAACCUUGCUCCUCACAGAAGGAAUUCACAUGGCGGUGCCAGAAAGUCAAUGCAGCGGAUUAGCGAAGUUCCUGAAAUGAAGCAAAAAAAAUCCGCCCGCAGGUCUUUCAUGGGGCUAAUUCGGAAGAGUCAAUCUACAACGUCUGAAUGCUUUGAUGACGUAGUUUUGGUGGACGAUGAUGAGACUGACGAUGAUGAGAGGCCGGACAGUGUUGAUGACAAAGUGAGGCAGAAGGAAAUGAGAAAGGGUAUUGAUCUUGCGACCACACUUGAACGUAUAGAGAAAAAUUUUGUCAUUACUGAUCCAAGGCUGCCUGAUAAUCCCAUUAUUUUUGCAUCGGAUAGCUUUUUGGAGUUGACAGAGUACAGUCGCGAAGAAAUCUUGGGGAGGAAUUGCAGGUUUCUACAAGGACCUGAAACUGAUCCGGCAACAGUGAGGAAGAUUCGCCAAGCAAUUGACAACCAAACAGAAGUGACUGUACAGCUUAUCAACUACACGAAGAGCGGGAAGAAGUUCUGGAAUCUGUUCCAUUUGCAGCCUAUGCGUGACCAGAAAGGAGAAGUUCAGUACUUUAUUGGGGUACAACUUGAUGGUAGUGAGCAUGUUGAACCACUUCAAAACAGUAUACCGGAGGCAGCUGCAAAAGAGAGUGAAAAACUGGUGAAACAAACUGCGGAGAAUGUUGAUGAUGCAGUCAGAGAACUUCCGGAUGCCAAUUUGAAACCGGAAGAUUUGUGGAUAAAUCACUCGAAGGUUGUCCGUCCGAAACCUCAUAGGAAGGACAGUCCGUCUUGGCAAGCUAUCCAGAAGAUUCUUGAUGGUGGAGAACAGAUUGGUCUGAAACAUUUUCGGCCAAUAAAGCCCUUGGGAUCUGGUGAUACUGGCAGUGUGCAUUUGGUGGACCUGUGUGGAACUGGCCAGUACUUUGCCAUGAAGGCAAUGGACAAGAGCAUUAUGCUAAACCGAAACAAGGUGCAUAGAGCAUGUGCAGAGAGAGAGAUUCUCGACAUGUUGGAUCAUCCUUUUCUUCCUGCAUUAUAUGCUUCAUUUCAGACAAAAACACACAUCUGUCUGAUAACUGAUUAUUGUCCUGGAGGAGAGCUUUUCCUGCUUUUAGACAGACAACCAUUGAAGGUCCUGAAAGAAGAUGCCGUAAGAUUUUAUGCAGCAGAAGUACUUGUUGCAUUGGAGUACCUUCACUGUCAAGGGAUUAUUUACAGGGAUUUAAAGCCUGAAAAUGUUCUACUUCAGAGCAACGGUCAUGUGUCUUUAACGGAUUUUGAUUUAUCAUGCUUGACAUCUUGCAAACCACAGCUUUUGAUUCCUGAUGUAGUUGAAAAAAAGAAGCAACGUAAGAAUCGGGAAACUCCAAUCUUCAUGGCUGAACCUAUGAGAGCAUCAAAUUCUUUUGUUGGAACCGAAGAGUAUAUAGCACCGGAAAUUAUUACUGGAGCAGGCCAUACUAGUGCCGUAGACUGGUGGGCUCUAGGCAUUCUUCUAUAUGAAAUGCUCUAUGGAUACACACCGUUUAGGGGAAAGACGAGACAAAAAACAUUCGCCAACAUUCUUCACAAAGAUCUGAAGUUUCCAGGGAGUACGCCGGUAAGUCUCCAGGCGAAGCAAUUAAUGUACAGGUUGUUACAUAGAGAUCCCAAGAACAGAUUAGGCUCGCACGAAGGAGCGAAUGAAAUCAAGCGGCAUCCAUUCUUCAAAGGCUUAAAUUGGGCUCUAGUUCGCUGCAUGAAUCCUCCCGAGCUCGAAACUCCUCUCUUCUCAAGCGAAGCCGAAAAGGAAGAUAAAGUCGUGGAUCCUGAGCUACAAGAUCUACAAACGAAUGUUUUCUAAGAGAUCUAAGUGCGUUAAAGAGCAUCGACAACGGGGAAGACUAAAAAAGAAGAACUCAAUUAAAGUCUUUCGCAAGCUUCACCUAGUUUCGUGAAAUGAUCGUUUAUAAUUCGGUAUUUUACAUUUUUUUGUAUCAAUUGUAGCCGAGGCAAGCUGGGAGAGGAAUCUGAGGUUCUUCUUCUUCUUCUUCUUCUUCUUCUUCUUCUUCUUCUUCUUUUCUCAUUUGUUUAUCAUUUUGUAAAAUAUGUACUGUGUGCAUGGUGUAAUUCUGGUGUAAUCUAUGUUGGCUUGUGUUUUGGAUUCUGUAAUUGAAUUUGUUCGUUUUAAGGUUUCUUACAGUCUGGUUCA